GAAACUACCCACACACUCUGAAACGCUCGCUGUAGAACUCUCUGGAACCUCUUCUCUUCUCACUUCCUUUUAAACCCUCUUUCCACUUUGCCCUUUCGGUAUUCGUUUCUUUGUUUCUCUCUUAACAGCAAACAACACAAGCCUUCUUUCUUCCGUUCUCCGCAAUUUAACACAUGGACGAGGAUUUCGACAUGCCGCCGGCGGAUUCCAUGAACGACGAUUUCGACUUCGCCGGCGCCGACGGCGGGGACAUUGACCCUCCCGUCCUCAAGGUUGGUGAGGAGAAAGAAAUCGGAACACAGGGCUUGAAGAAGAAACUCCUCAAGGAAGGUGAAGGAUGGAACACUCCUGAAGUUGGUGACGAGGUUCAAGUUCACUACACUGGGACGUUGCUUGAUGGCACUAAGUUUGAUUCUAGCAGAGAUAGGGGAACUCCUUUCAGUUUCACGCUUGGACAAGGGCAAGUUAUUAAAGGAUGGGAUCAAGGUAUUGCAACGAUGAAAAAAGGUGAGAAUGCCCUUUUUACCAUCCCAGCCGAGCUAGCGUAUGGUGAAUCUGGUUCUCCUCCAACUAUUCCCCCCAAUGCAACUCUUCAGUUUGACGUGGAGCUGUUGUCCUGGACUAGUGUUAAGGACAUAUGUAAGGAUGGAGGUUUAUUUAAGAAGAUAGUUACUGAGGGGGAAAAAUGGGAGAACCCCAAGGAUCUUGAUGAAGUUUUAGUGAAUUACGAAGCACGUCUUGAAGAUGGGACUUUAAUAGCAAAAUCUGAUGGAGUGGAGUUCACAGUCAAAGAUGGUUAUUUUUGUCCUGCUUUGUCAAAGGCUGUUAAAACCAUGAAGAAGGGAGAGAAAGUGAUUUUGACUGUGAAGCCACAAUAUGGAUUUGGUGAGAAGGGUAAGCCAGCACAUGGUGAUGAAGGUGCAGUUCCUCCAAAUGCAUCAUUGGAGAUUUCUCUUGAGUUAGUUUCUUGGAAGACUGUGUCAGAGGUAACUGAUGACAAGAAGGUCAUUAAGAAGAUCAUCAAAGAAGGGGAAGGAUAUGAGCGUCCAAAUGAAGGGGCAGUUGUGAAAUUGAAAGUAAUUGGUAAGCUGCAAGAUGGUACCUUGUUUUUGAAGAAGGGUCAUGAUAGCGAAGGGGAGCUGUUUGAAUUCAAAACUGAUGAGGAACAAGUAAUUGAUGGGCUUGACAGAGCUGUGUUGACUAUGAAGAAGGGUGAGGUGGCAUUGUUAACUAUUGCGCCUGAGUAUGGUUUUGGCUCAUCAGAGUCUAAACAGGAACUUGCUGUGGUUCCUGCUAACUCCACUUUGUAUUAUGAGGUUGAGCUAGUAUCGUUUGAGAAGGAAAAGGAGUCAUGGGACAUGAACACACCAGAGAAGAUUGAAGCUGCUGGCAAGAAGAAAGAAGAAGGGAAUGCAUUAUUUAAAGCUGGUAAAUAUGCAAGAGCUUCUAAAAGAUAUGAAAAGGCUGUAAAGUUCAUAGAAUACGAUACAUCCUUCAGUGAAGAGGAGAAGAAGAGCUCCAAGACCUUGAAGGUCGCCUGUAAUCUAAACAACGCAGCAUGCAAGUUGAAGCUAAAAGAUUAUAAACAAACAGAGAAAUUGUGCACAAAGGUACUGGAACUUGAGAGCACUAACGUGAAGGCUCUCUAUAGAAGGGCCCAGGCAUACAUCCACUUGGCUGAUUUAGAUUUGGCUGAAUUUGAUAUUAAGAAAGCUCUUGAGCUUGACCCUGACAACAGGGAAGUCAAGCUUGAGUACAGGACCCUGAAGGAAAAGAUGAAGGAAUACAACAAAAAAGAAGCAAAAUUUUAUGGAAAUAUUUUCAACAAACUGCAUAAGCUAGAUACUUUGGACAAUAACAAAACAGAGUUGAAGGAUGCCCAACCCAUGAAUGUCGACAGCAAGGCAUAAACACCAUGGAAAUUCAUCUAAUUUCUAGGGUCUGCUUUCUUAUUAUUAUAUGUGGACAUUUGGAAAUUAUGAUGGAUUAUGAAAUGUGAUUCCGGACAAAUUUUGUUUAAUAAUGUUUCUUUUGAGUCAUAAA